AACUGGAUUCUCUCUACAGUUUCAGUUCAGAAGUCAGACAAUUCUAUGAAUUUUAUUAGCCAUCACUCUCCACCUAAAUUAUAGGUAGCAGCAGCCACAAGGCUCCACACAAAACUCAAAGAUUGACUUCUGUGCAGAAAAGUACACAAAAAAACAAGAAAAAAGAAAAAAAGUUUUUUGUCUUUAUACUCCUUAAGGAGUGUACUAAAUCAGAAAAAUACCUAAUACCCUUUUCUCUCUCUGUCCUCACCUUUUCUGUAAUCUUCAAGAUACUUGUGAUUAUUGGUCCCUUUUUAUUCUCCCUUUUUCUUGAAUUUUUGCUUUGAAUUCUUGAAUUUUGGUGUCCACUAUAAAGUUGGCUGCUUUCUUGGUGAAUCUGAAGUUGGAAGCUGGGACAAAGUUCAGCUCUGGCUCUUAUGUAGGUAAGUGCUAACGAACUCUGCCAAUUUCCAAUUUCCAAUUUCAGCUUAUGGUAUAAGGGGAGGUGAUUUUUUUUAAGGUUUGUGUUUCUGUUUUUUGUAUGUCUUGAAAUUCUCUUUUUCAUCUGGGGUUUUUAGGAAACAGUUUGUUGUUGUACCUUUGAAUAGUAUUCUGUUGAUUUCACUUUGAAUACUUGAGGUCACCUUCAAUUGUAGUUGGCACCUUGAUUUUGUGAGGUCAAAAAAAGUGAACAUUUUUUAUAAUGGAACCUCAAAAAGUAGUUACUAUGGCAAAAUUCCCUGUUGUUUAUGACCCUUUGAAACCAAAAUCUGAUUUUAUUGGGGUUCUUGAUGUUUAUGUACAUCAAGCUAGAGAUAUUCAUAACAUAUGCAUAUAUCAUAAACAAGAUGUUUAUGCCCAGAUUUACUUAAUUAGUUAUCCAGAAGAAGCUGUUUCGACCGAUACUAUUAAUGGUGGGGGAAAGAAUCCAGUUUUUAAUCAGAGUCUUCGACUCAAUGUUAAGAGUGUUGAAACAUCAGUGAGAUGUGAGAUUUGGAUGAUGAGUAGGGUUAAGAAUUAUUUGCAAGAUCAGUUGUUGGGAUUUACCUUAGUGCCUCUUUGUGAUGUUCUUGCUGAGAAUGGAAAGCUAGAACAGGAAUUCUCCUUGUCGUCCAGUGAUCUCUUCCAUUCGCCAUCUGGUUUUGUGCAAUUGACACUAACAUAUACUGGUGCAACCCCAGAAGUCUUAGAGAUUUCCACACCAGGCCAUUCUUUGGCUGCAGCAAAUGACUGUGGCGAAGGUCGUGGAAUAGCUGACAGUAUUCCCUGUGAAUUGGUUAACAUUGAGUUCCCGGACCCCAAAAUUGUGAAUGAAAAUGAAAGAAUGGUUACUGAGUAUUAUUCAAUUCCCAGCACUGAAUUGGAUAGUCAAAGCUCUGAGCAUAUUGACUCCACGGAAAAUGGUGAUCUCAUCUCUCCCGAGAAUGUUGAGCUUACACCAGAAAGCGCGGUUGGUGAAGGUCAAGUUGCCAUUGAAAUCAAGAAGUUAGAGAGAUUAAACUCAAUCCCAAUAAACUCAUCAUCUGUUUGUGACACCAAACAAACAUCAAACUCUCCGAGCGAGGAGUCUGUGUUGCCUCUGAAAGAUGGUAGUAAGGACAGUGCCAAAGAGGUCGAUAGCACCACGCCUGCUGUUGCUGCUAGUACGUUCACACCGCCAGUUGUCAACGUGAGCAUUGUACCAGAGCAAAAGGUCGUGCAGCAAGAGAUAGUCGAUAUGUAUAUGAAAAGCAUGCAGCAAUUCACAGAAGCUCUAGCAAAGAUGAAACUUCCUCUGGACAUGGAAAGUGGAUCAGUAAUCCAAAAUGGAAAUGACAACACAGAGAGUUCCGGAUCAAGUGAGAAACCACAGGCGCGCCCAAGCGGCCAAAGCCCAAGAGUGUUUUAUGGUAGCAGGGCCUUUUUCUGAUCUGUAGUUCCAAUUGAAAUGGUUCACAAAAAGAAAUUGCUUGUAUUUUUAAUCUGCCUGAAUUUACUAGCUUGUAGUUGAGCAUAGACUGAAAUAUUUCCAGUUUAAUUAGUAUAAUCAGGAAGAGGUUUCCUUGAACUUCUGCCUUUUCUGUAUUAUGAAUUGUGUUACUUAAUGUGACCCUCUCCUUGGUUCCUGUCAA